AUGGAGGUCAUUGUGUUCGCAACCUCGAUCGUGGAAGUACUCAUGGCGACCGAGCCAGUCCAAGAUUUCGCAUCCCGCAAUGCAGAGUCAAUCAUUUCGCCCGCGGCCGGGUCAAGCACAGCGAACGAUGACGUCAGUCAAUCAUCAUCGGCGACCGUCGACGGCGGCAGAAAACCACAUGUUCGACGGCAAGGUAUCGCAGUACAGGCUGUGGAAGUCGCAAUUCGAGAAUUACGUCCGUCGACGUACGAGGCGACCGACGCGGAUAAACUGGUCGCGCUGUGCAAAUUGUUAAAGGGCCCGCCGAAAGACAUCAUAUCUGAACUACCGCUCACCGAUAACAACUACAAAGUCGCCGUGAAGCUGUUCGACGAGAAUUAUGACGUUCCCGAGCUGCGUCAACAAGACGUUCUUGCAUCCAUAGUGACUGUGCCUAAAGUGCGCCAUCAGAACGAUACAGCAGCGCUGCGUGAGUUGCUUAACGUCGCUCAGAGAACAAUACUCUCAUUGGCGGCGAUUAGCAUACCUCUUUCGAGUAUAUCAUUACCGUAUGAGCAAACGAUACGGAGAGCGCUCCCAGUCAACCUACUGCUGCAAUUCGAAGACAGUCAUCCGUCUCUCCUCGCUGGUGACGAAGCGACAUCUAAUCCCGCUUCAGAUGCAACAAGGCACCUCGAGCUACUGCUGAGUUUCCUCCGUAGAUACACGGCUCUUCGCGAACGUAUAGCGAAUAGUGAUCCAAAACAACAUCGACCCAGGGAGGGCGAGUUCGGUGGCAUUCCUUCAGCUGCUCCAAAGCCUCCCGCACGGGCUCUUCCGCGCCAUCGGAUGUCCUACACUGCCGCCGGAGCUGCCAGGAAUGACCGCACGAGUACAGUCAAGAAGCCAAGAAACUCGUGCAUGUUCUGUAGCAGCGCUGAUCAGCGUCCAUCGGCUUGCACUGCGGAAAUAACAAUUCAGCGACGCAGAGAGAUGCUCUCUCAGCGGCAGAGAUGUACAACAUGUUUCCAGUUCGAACAUAGACCUCCGAGAACUUGCAACGGUCCGCGAGAAAGCUGUCAAAUCUGUAACAGCUCAGCCCAUUACACAUCGAUGCACGGGGAUACUGCGAAAACAGAUGCGCAGAGGUCAACGGCUGCUGGCGUUCUGCCCACUGUCGCGGCGAUUUCUGCUCCUCGAUCGAUCGUCAUGACGGCGGCGGCCUUCGCAGUUCACGGAAACCAGAGGAUUCCUGUCCGAUGCUUCAUGGACAGUGGUUCAAUGGUGUCGUUUGCCACGACGAACCUCAUCCGGAGUCUGCCUGAUAUCAGCCCUCAAGCCCGAGUCGAACUCAAGCUGCAAGGAGUCGCCAGCCAGCACGUCGUCUCAACAAAUCGAUAUGCUAUACGGCUCGUAAGCGCCCUAGUCGACUCGGAGAGUGUCACGCUUCAGGCUCACGAGUUCGACUUCGGUCUCGACUCCCCAACCUCUUGCUCUCAGAGUAUGCAGCAGUUGAUCCGAAAAUUCGGAGAAGUUCAUACCUUGGCUGACUCGGCCCUCAUCGAUCAACACCGGGCAAAGGCUCCUGAUCUGCUAAUCGGCAUCGAUCAGAUGUUCAAAAUAAUGCACUUGAACAGAGAGAAAAUCAUCGCAGAUGGAUUGACGGCUAAAUCCUCGCGAUUCGGAUGGAUUAUCUCCGGAGCGUACGGUGCAGGAGCCACUCGAGCAGACGUUCUGCGAGUCAGGCCAACCUGUUGUGCCGCCACCUUAUCACGCACCGAGGGCGAUAUCGAGCGCCUAUGGUCACUAGACGCUGUUGGUGUUUCCGAUCCGAAAGCCGAGGAUCACAGCGUUGCGGAUCUUGAGGCAUUGAGACAGUUCCGAGAUGGGGUGCACUGGGACGGCAAACGAUAUACCGUCACAUCGCCGAAACGGGAUUCAAUUGUGCAACUCUCGAACAAUCUGGACGUCGCUUUGCGCCGUCUGACCGAUAAACGCCGGAGUUUGGCCCGUAAUUUCGACACCUUCAAGAGAUACGACGCGGAGAUUUGGAAGUUCGUCCAUGCCGAUUAUGCUGAAGGGAUCUCCGACGUCGACCUACUGGGUGGCAGCAGAUGCGAUCGAACGUAUUAA